AUGGCAUCCGCCGUCUUCUUCCUCGACCUCAAGGGCAAGACCCUCCUUGCCCGAAACUAUCGCGGAGACAUCCCCAUGUCGGCCGUCGAGAAGUUUCCUGUCCUCUUGAGCGAAGCCGAAGAGGAGUCCUCGGCCGUUCCCCCAUGCUUCUCCCACGAGGGCAUCAAUUAUCUCUACAUUAGACACAACAAUCUCUACCUUCUCGCCCUCACGAAACGAAACACAAAUGCCGCCGAGAUUCUCCUCUUUCUGCACAAGGUUGUCGAGGUGUUCACUGAGUACUUCAAAGCGCUCGAGGAGGAAUCGAUCCGCGACAACUUCGUUGUCAUUUACGAACUUCUUGACGAGAUGAUGGACUUUGGCUAUCCCCAGACGACGGAAUCCAAGAUCUUGCAAGAGUACAUCACGCAGGAGUCCCACAAGCUCGAGAUCCAGGCGCGGCCACCCAUUGCUGUUACGAAUGCCGUGUCUUGGCGUUCCGAGGGCAUCCGCUACCGCAAGAACGAAGUUUUUCUCGACGUGGUCGAGUCGCUCAAUCUCCUCGUGUCAGCCAAUGGCAACGUGCUACGGUCCGAGAUUCUGGGUGCCAUAAAAAUGAAGUGCUACCUCUCCGGCAUGCCCGAACUACGCCUGGGUCUAAACGACAAAGUCAUGUUCGAGACAACGGGGCGGACAACGCGCGGCAAGGCGAUCGAGAUGGAGGACGUCAAGUUUCACCAGUGCGUGCGCCUGUCGCGCUUCGAAAACGACCGGACCAUCAGUUUUAUUCCACCAGACGGCGAGUUCGAGCUCAUGUCGUACCGUCUCAAUACACAGGUCAAGCCGCUCAUCUGGGUCGAGUGUGUCGUCGAGUCGCACAGCGGUUCCCGCAUCGAAUACAUGCUCAAGGCCAGGGCCCAGUUCAAGCGUCGCAGCACGGCCAACAAUGUCGAGAUUAUUGUUCCCGUCCCCGAUGAUGCCGACACUCCGCGUUUCCGCACCAAUGUUGGCUCUGUGCACUACGCCCCAGAGCAGAGCGCCAUCGUUUGGAAGAUCAAGCAGUUUGGAGGAAGCAAGGAGUUCCUCAUGCGUGCUGAACUGGGCCUGCCGAGUGUCCGGGGCGAUGACGAGCACGGCGGCGGCAUGACGGGCGGCUUUGGUGGCAGCAUGGGUGGUGUUGGUACCCCAGGCAAGGGGGCGAAGCGGCCAAUCCAGGUCAAGUUUGAGAUACCUUAUUUCACAACGAGCGGAAUUCAGGUGCGGUAUCUGAAGAUUACAGAGCCAAAGCUACAAUACCCUUCUCUACCUUGGGUGAGGUACAUUACACAAUCUGGUGAUAUCGCUGUUAGAUUACCGGAUGCAGUAUAG